AUGUCGGACAAGACGGCGCCGCGCUGCCAGCUGAGGCUGGAGUGGAUCCACGGAUACAGAGGUCACCAGUGUCGCAAUAACCUGUACUACACCGCGGGAAAAGAGCUGGUGUACUUUGUGGCCGGAGUAGGUGUGGUCUACAACACCCGAGAGCACACCCAGAAGUUCUACCUGGGACACAACGAUGACAUCAUCAGUCUGGCGAUCCAUCCAGAUAAGAUCCAGGUGGCGACGGGUCAGGUGGGUAAAGACCCGUUCAUCUGUAUCUGGGACACCUACGCCAUGCAGACCGUCUCCAUCCUGAGGGACGUCCACACGCAUGGAGUGGCCUGUCUGGCCUUUGACUCUGACGGACAGCGUCUGGCGUCAGUCGGUCUGGACGCCAAGAACACGCUGUGUGUUUGGGAUUGGAGGAGAGGACGGGUCCUCGCCACGGCAACCGGACACUCAGACAGAAUCUUUGAUGUGGCCUGGGAUCCGUUCCAGUCCAGCCGUCUGGUCAGCUGUGGAGUCAAACACAUCAAGUUCUGGACUCUGUGUGGGAACGCUCUGACUCCAAAGAGAGGGAUUUUUGGGAAGACGGGGGACCUGCAGACCAUCCUGUGUGUCUCUGCAGCCAAAGACGAGCUGACGUACUCCGGAGCUCUGAACGGAGACGUUUACGUGUGGAGAGGAAUCACUCUGAUCAGGACAGUGCAGGCUGCACACGGGGCGGGGAUCUUCAGCAUGCACUCCUGCGAGGAAGGGUUCGCCACGGGAGGACGAGACGGCUGCAUCCGACUGUGGGACGUCGACUUCAAACCCAUCACCAAGAUCGACCUGAAGGAGGCCGAGCAGGGAUACAAAGGUUUGUCGAUCCGCAGCGUUUGCUGGAAGGCCGACCGGAUCCUGGCGGGGACCCAAGACAGCGAGAUCUUCGAGGUAAUGGUCCGAGAAAGGGACAAACCGGUUCUGUUGAUGCAAGGUCACAGCGAGGGCGAGCUGUGGGCGCUCGACCUGCACCCCAAGCAGCCAGUCGCCGUCACCGGGAGCGACGACCGCUCCGUCAGGCUGUGGAGUCUUCCUGACCACACGCUGCUGGCUCGCUGUAACAUGGAGGAGUCCGUCCGCAGUGUUUCCUUCAACAACGACGGAUCUCAGCUUGCUCUGGGCAUGAAGGACGGAUCCUUCACUGUGCUGCGUGUCAGGGACAUGACGGAGGUCGUUCACAUCAAAGACAGGAAGGAGGUGAUCCACGAACUCAAGUUCUCACCGGAUGGGUCCUUCCUGGCGGUGGGAUCAAACGAUGGGCUAGUGGACAUCUAUGCCGUGGCCCAGCGUUACAAGAAGGUGGGCGAGUGCAGCCGUUCCGCAUCCUUCAUCACCCACCUGGACUGGUCGGUCGACAGUCGCUUCCUGCAGACCAACGACGGCGGCGGAGAACGGCUCUUCUAUCGAAUGCCAGCAGGGAAGCAGGUUCCUAAAGAGGAGGCGAAGGGGAUCCACUGGAUGACAUGGACAGGUGUGGUUGGGACAGAGGUGAACGGCAUCUGGCCCAAAUACUCAAACGUCACCAACGUGAACUCUGUGGACGCCAACUACAGCAGUGCCGUCCUGGUGUCCGGAGAUGACCUAGGCCUCGUCAAACUCUUCAGGUUCCCCUGCCUCAAGAAAGGAGCCAAAUUCAAAAAGUACAUUGGCCACUCUGCCCACGUGACAAACGUUCGCUGGUCCAAUGACCUGCAGUGGGUCGUCAGCACGGGCGGCGCCGACCACGCUGUCUUCCAGUGGAGAUUCCUGCCAGAGGGCGUCAUGAACGGUGUCCUGGAGCCCCUCCUCCAAGAGGGGUACGCCGACUCCAACAGCGGAGAGUCGGACUCAGACGUGUCCGACGUCCCGGAGCUCGACUCGGACAUCGAACAGGAAGCUCAGACCAGCUAUGAGCGACAGGUGUAUAAGGAAGACCUGCCUCAGCUGAGGAAGAAGCUGAUUGGUUCCCUGAAGCGGCAGAAAGCUCCAGAGGAGGGGCUCCGCCUGCAGUUUGUUCACGGGUAUCGGGGCUUUGACUGUCGCAACAACCUGUUCUACAGCCAGGCGGGGGAGGUGGUUUACCACGUGGCCGCCGUCGCCGUCGUCUACAACCGGCUGCAGCACAGUCAGAGGUUUUAUCUCGGCCACGACGACGACAUCCUCAGCCUCGCCGUGCACCCGCUCAAAGACUAUGUGGCCUCCGCACAGGUGGGCAGAGACCCGGCUGUCCAUGUCUGGGACAUCCAGACUCUGAAGUGUCUGUCGCUGCUAAAGGGACACCACAGCAGAGGGGUGUGUGCCCUGGAGUUCACAGCGGAUGGGAAGAGUUUGGUCUCCGUGGGAAUCGAUGAAUUUCACUCCAUCGUCAUCUGGGACUGGAAGAAAGGAGAGAGGCUGGCCAAGGCCAGGGGCCACAAAGACAAAAUCUUCGUGGUGAAGAGUAACCCGUUCAGGAUGGACAAACUGGUGACUGUCGGCAUGAAGCACAUCAAGUUCUGGCAGCAUUCAGGUGGCGGUCUGACAUUUAAACGAGGGAUCUUUGGGAACCUGGGGAAGCAGGAGACAAUGAUGUCGGCGUGUUACGGUCGAUCGGAGGAUCUGGUCUUCUCUGGAGCCACCAACGGAGACGUUUACAUCUGGAGAGACACGACGCUCAUCAAGACCAUUAAAGCCCACGACGGCCCCGUGUUCGCCAUGUGCUCCCUGGACAAGGGUUUCGUGACAGGGGGGAAGGACGGCAUCGUGGAGCUCUGGGACGACAUGUUUGAGAGAUGUUUGAAGACGUACGCCAUCAAGAGAGCCGCUCUCUCGCCGUCUUCCAAAGGUCUGCUGCUGGAGGACAACCCGUCCAUCAGAGCCAUCACUCUGGGUCACGGUCACAUCCUGUUGGGAACAAAGAACGGAGAAAUCCUGGAGAUCGACAAGAGUGGGCCGAUGACGCUGCUGGUUCAGGGUCACAUGGAGGGGGAGGUGUGGGGUUUAGCGGCUCACCCUCUACUUCCUGUCUGUGCUACCGUCAGCGAUGACAAAACUCUGAGGAUCUGGGAGCUGUCGGCCAAUCACCGCAUGGUCGCGGUCCGCAAACUCAAGAAGGGUGGGCGGUGCUGUGCCUUCUCUCCUGACGGUAAAGCUUUGGCGGUCGGUCUGAACGAUGGCAGCUUCCUGGUGGUGAACGCCGACACGCUGGAGGACAUGGUGACCUUCCACCACCGCAGGGAGCUCAUUUCAGACAUCCGCUUCUCCCAAGACACGGGGAAGUACCUGGCUGUGGCGUCCCAUGAUUCCUUCGUGGACAUCUACAACGUCCUGACCAGUAAGAGAGUGGGCAUCUGUAAAGGAGCCGGCAGCUACAUCACACAUAUCGACUGGGACUCCAGAGGUAAACUGCUGCAGGUGAACACUGGAGCCAAAGAGCAGCUUUUCUUUGAGGCUCCUCGAGGACGUAAACAGAACAUCAGCAUAGCAGAGUUUGAGAAGCUGGACUGGGCGAGCUGGACUUCUGUUCUGGGUCCCACCUGUGAGGGAAUAUGGCCAACACUUAGCUUCGUUAACGCCGCCUCGCUCACCAAAGAUCGUAAACUGCUCGCCACCGGAGACGACUUCGGCUUCCUCAAACUGUUCAGCUUCCCGUCCAGGGGCCAGUUUGCCAAGUUUAAGAAGUACGUGGGUCACAGCACCAAUGUGACAAACGUCCGCUGGUCCAACGACGACUCCAUGCUGCUGUCUGUGGGCGGGGCCGACACGGCGCUGAUGAUCUGGACCAGAGAACCGCCGGGUCACAAAGAGAGCAAAGCUGUUGACAGCGAGGAGUCCGACGACGACACAGAGGAAGACGGAGGGUAUGACAGUGAUGUGGCCCGGGAGAAGCUGGUGGACUACAUCACUAAGAUCUACUCUGCCAGCAUCAGGAACAUGUCGGGAACCAGACCUCACCUGCAGCACAAAGAGCUUCCUGUGGAGGAGAGGCCUCCUGUGAGUCGAGCUGCACCGCUGCCUGACAAACUGCUGCGGAACAAUGUGACCAAGAAGAAGAAGCUGGUGGAGGAGCUGGUGUUGGAGCACGUCUUCGGCUACCGAGGCUUCGACUGCCGCAACAACCUGCAUUACCUCAACGACGGCGCGGACAUCAUCUUCCACACCGCCGCAGCCGUGGUCAUCCAGAACCUGUCCGCCGGAACCCAGAGUUUCUACCUGGAGCACACCGACGACAUCCUCUGUCUGACUGUCAAUCAACACCCGAAAUACCAAAACAUCAUCGCGACAGGACAGAUCGGUGACAUCACUGACCUGCCAGGUCUUGCUCCAUCCAUCCAUGUGUGGGAUGCCAUGACCAAGCAGACCCUGUCUAUCCUUCGCUGUUCUCAUGCCAAAGGUGUCGGCUAUGUCAACUUCAGUGCUACAGGAAAGCUGCUGCUCUCUGUGGGAGUGGAACCUGAACAUACCAUCACAGUGUGGAGGUGGCAGGAAGGCACCAAGGUGACCAGUAAAGGUGGCCACAUUGAGCGGAUCUUUGUGGUGGAGUUCAGACCAGACUCUGACACCCAGUUUGUUUCGGUGGGAAUCAAACACAUCAAGUUCUGGACUCUGGUCGGAGGUUCGCUUGUGUACAAGAAGGGAGUGAUCGGCUCGGUAGAGGAUGGCCGCAUGCAGACCAUGCUGUCUGUCGCCUUUGGUGCUAACAACCUGACGUUCACUGGCGCUAUAAACGGAGACGUGUAUGUGUGGAGGGAACACUUCCUGGUUCGGGUGGUGGCAAAGGCGCACAGUGGUCCGGUGUUCACCAUGUACACAACACUGAGGGACGGACUCAUCGUCACUGGGGGGAAGGAACGACCGACUAAAGAGGGCGGAGCAGUGAAGCUAUGGGAUCAGGAGAUGAAGCGCUGCAGAGCGUUUCAGCUGGAGACCGGCCAGCAGGUGGAGAACGUCCGGUCCGUCUGCAGAGGGAAGGGUAAAAUCCUGGUGGGAACUAAAGAUGGAGAGAUUAUAGAAGUCGGAGAAAAGAACGCUGCCUCCAACACCAUGAUCAACGGACACACUCAGGGAGGGAUCUGGGGUUUGGCGACUCACCCUUUCAAAGACGUCUUCAUCUCUGCCAGCGAUGACGGGACCAUCCGAAUAUGGGACCUGGCUGAUAAGAAACUUCUGAACAAGGUGAGUUUGGGUCAUCCUGCCAAGUGCACAUCUUACAGUCCCAACGGAGAGAUGGUUUCCAUCGGUAUGGAGAACGGAGAGUUCAUCGUCCUGCUGGUCAACUCCCUCACGGUCUGGGGCAAGAAGAGAGAUCGCAGCGUUGCCAUCCAGGACAUACGGUUCAGUCCAGACAACCGGUUCUUGGCAGUGGGUUCAGUUGAAAGUGCUGUGGAUUUCUACGACCUUUCUCUGGGACCAUCCCUGAACAGGAUCGGCUACUGUAAGGACAUCCCUGGCUUCGUCAUCCAGAUCGACUUCUCUGCUGACAGCAAGCACAUCCAGGUGUCCACCAGCACCUACACUCGGCAGGUGCAUGAGGUUCCCUCAGGGAAGAUUGUCACAGAGCAGUGUGCUUUUGAGAGGAUCACCUGGGCUACCUGGACCAGCAUCCUGGGUGAUGAGGUUCUCGGCGUUUGGCCUCGUAACACUGAGAAAGCAGAUGUGAACUGUGCUUGUGUUUCCCACGCCGGCCUCAACCUGGUGACCGGAGACGACUUCGGCCUCAUCAAGCUCUUUGACUUCCCGUGCUCCGAAAAGUUUGCCAAACACAAGCGUUACUUCGGUCACUCUGCUCACGUGACAAACAUUCGCUUCUCCUGCGAUGACAAGUACGUCAUCAGCGCCGGUGGCAGCGACUGCAGUUUAUUUGUGUGGAGGUGUCAGUGAUCUGAACCUCUGCAGUCCUCCUGAGUCCUCCACCACAGGCUCUUCUUCUUCUUCUCCUCCUGCGAUGCUGCACUCACCUCUGCUAACGCUUCAGGACAGGAGGUCUGAAGCGACGUGUGAGCGUCCUGGACUGUGUUAAUGCUGCUGACAAACUCACAUAAUCGGGAUCAAACCUGCGACAUUCCUGCCGCAGGACGCCGCGGCUCGCCGCCGCCUGUGAAACCGGAGCUGAUGGUUCUGUCCUUUAGCGUGACGUCGUUCUUCUUGUGCAUUCAGAUGUGUUAAAUGUGACGCUGAAGAGCAGCGCUUGUAUUCCAGGUCUCGGUGUUCAAACCUUUCUGUUGUUAGAUUUGUUGAAAAAGAAGCAGAAGCAGUUUCUCAGAAACCUCUUUGAACAACUCGUAGCUGUUUGAUGUAGCGGUGUUUCGUCUGUCGGUGCCUUUUUCACAAACUCUGACCAAACAUUUGAUACAAGUUUAUUUCUAAUCGUGGUGCUAUGAAACGUGACCGUUUAGGGCUUUUUACACUUGAAUACUGUGGUUUGGUUUUUGUAUCUUGUACCAUCUGAUGAUGAUGAUGAUGAUGAUCUUUGUCACUGCACUGAAAUGAAGAAGAAAAAACGAUGGAUCCCAGUGACAUGGCUCUUAGUGUGAACAUGACAAAGGGUUCUGCGUUCCCAGGCUGUGUGAUAACAGAACGUUAGAAAAGUUUGACUGGGGAACGUAGAACCCUGGGAACAUAGACACGCUCCCCUUUGUUUGAUCCCAGCUCUGAUACAUGAAGAUGUGAAAAUAGAAAAUUGUUUAAAAUGCAAAGUGAUUCUACCUCAAAAUACAAUAAAGUGAAACAAAACGGUAGUAAAUAAUAUUUA